CGGCAGCAGCGAGCGGGGACAGACCCGACCCCGACCCCACCGCGCCCCGAUCCCGGCCAGGUACCGCCGGGACCCCGCGCCGCCCCCGCGCUGCGGCACAAGGGAGGGAGCGGAGCGGGGGCAGGACGAGAAGGGGGCUGGGAUCUGGAGCCGGACCCCAGCGCGACCCCCCCGCCGAGCCCCCCCGAGCCACCCGCCCGCUCUCUCCCGCAGCCGCCGCCGAUCGUCCCGUCCCGUCCCGUCCCGUCCCGUCCCGUCCCGUCCCGUCCCGUCCCGUCCGGCCAUGCGAGCCCCGGCCCCGCUGGCGCUGGGUUGCGUCAGCUUCGCGCUGUGCCUGCUGGAGCUGCCCCACGGCCGGGCCCUGCCGCCCCGCAGGGACCCCCCGGCGCGGAGCCCCCCGGAGCGGAUCCCUUCCCUCCCCGGAGACCCCCCGGCCCCGCGGCCCAUCGGGACCCUGCGACACCGAGUCCUGGUGCCCCGGCACGGCCCCUGGGUCGCCCCCCGGCGCGGCCUGCUCGCCCCCCGGCCUCCCCCGUGGCACGUCCGGCACCUCGUCCUGCGGCACGACCGACGGCGGGACCCCCGCCCCGCCCGGGGCCGCCGCCACGCCGGGGGACACCUGGUGCGGGUGGGCUGCGUGCUGGGCACCUGCCAGGUGCUGAACCUGAGCCACCGCCUGUGGCAGCUGCGGGGACAGUCGGGGCGCCGCGACUCGUCCCCCAUGAACCCCAACAGCCCCCACAGCUACGGCUGAGGGGGGGGCGCGCCCCCGCCCCGCCCCGCGGGACCCCGCUGAAGCAUUUCCACGGCCACUCGCGGCCGGGCUCCUCCGCACUGCCCGGCCCCGGCCGUGGCCACGCCGCGGGCUGGGGGUGUCCCCGGGGGGCUCCUGCCACCAGAACCUCCUGAUGGAGCGCAGAGGACCCGGGGCUGGGAGACGGUGGCCAGCGGCGGCCCGGGCUGGCCAGGAGCUGACAGGGGCACCGUGGGCACUGGUGGUGGCCCAUGAUGACCCAAAGUGAUCCCUGGUGGGCAGCGGUGGCCCGUAGUGACUGGCAGCAGUGGCCCAGAGUGACUCACGGUGACCGGUGGCGGCCCAUAGUGACUCUUGGUGGCUCAGAGUGGCCCCUGGUGGCUGGUGGUGGCCCGUGGUGACCCGGGGGGACCCGUGGUGUCUGGCAGCGGCCAGUCUGUCCGGGGCGGGUCCAAGGGCCACCGGGAAUCCCGCUGACCGCAGCAGCACCGGCACCUUGUGCAAGACCCCCCGGCCACGCUCCUGCUAACUCAGCAUUCCAGUGCCUGCUGUGGCACCCCCGGAGCCCCCCCAGGGCACCCCCAGCACCCCUUGUCCUCGCCAGGGUGACACUGGGGCUGGGGGGGGUGCCAGGGUGCAAGGACAGGGCACGGGGUCCCCGCUCCGGGGUGGGGGAUGGGGCGGCCCCCAGCACCUUCCCCACUUGGGGGUCCCAGUUGGGGUCGGCACCUUCCCGGCUGCUGUGGGGGGUCCUGCCCUCCUCAGCGUGGACGUUGUCCCCUCCCCGGGCACCUUGUCCCGUGUCCCCAGCCUGUGUCACCCACAGCCCUGCGGGAGCCGGCGACAGUGAGAUGUCCCCAAAUGUGGGGGGCAGUGGAAAGCUGGGGUCCUGUGCCCCACUCCUGCCCUAUCCCAGACCUGCCCAGCCCUGUCGCCUGCUGCACCCUCGGGGACACCCCCUGCUCCGCUGGUGACACGCCGUGUCCCCACAGGCUCAGUGGGCGCCCACACGGGGUGGCGGCCCGGGGACACGAGGGGACCCCGAGUAUCCCUGUCACCCCCUGGCCCGGUGGGACGGGGAUGUGUGACCCGGUCACUGUCCCACCCCCCUCCUGGGAGCAGCUUGAGCAGCCCCCCAAGAGCAGCAUCCUCCCGUUCCCUGCUGAUCACCCCUGUCCUCCCAGGAGCAUCCCCCAUUCCCAGACCAUUCCCAUUCCCAGAGCACUCCAUUCCCACAGAAACCCCCAUUCCCAGGAACAUCGCCAUCAUCAGGAACGCUCCCAUUCCUGAGAACGCCUCAUCCUCAGGAGCACCCCAUCCCCUGGAGCACCCCGAUCCCCCCAGGAGCACCCCAGCCCCCAUUCCCCAGAGCACCUGGGGGUCUCGGGAGGUUCCGGGACGGGAUGUCCCAGGAAUGUCUCACGGUGUCCCCUGGGUGUCCCGGGAGGUUCCGGGAUAGGAUCCCACGGGUGCCACCCGGAGCUGCGUCCAUCCCGCGGGUGUCCCAGGACUUCCCAGCCCCCCGUGGAGCUGCCGAGGGGCGCGGGGGGUCCCCAGGCCUUUGUCCCCUCCUCUGGGUGCCCCCGCUGAGCCUGGUGGGUGCCCGACCAGUCCUGCCCCACGUCGCGGAGCGUCGCUGCUUCCCGCCGGGAAUCCUGGUUUGUGUGGAAUAAACAAAGCGUGAAGAGGA